GCCACACCUCCACCACUACUGCCAGGGCCGGCGAGCCAGCCAAGGGAUAAGAAAGGCAAAACAGAGUGAACAGGAGACGGAUUGAAUUCACAGUUCCUGCUCGUCGUCGGUCCCUUCGCUUCCACCAGACCACCGUCUCCUUGUGUACGUCCUCCCAUCCACACCGCGUUUGAACGAGUGAAACCACCAAUUGAAAGAGGGGAUCAAGAGAGUGAGCAGGGGAAACAGUAGGAAAAAGAGGGGGAGCUGCAGCUCCCGCCACUGUGGAGUGGACUAGUAGUUGUAGUUGCAGUGCUGCUACUGCAUUGUUGGGCACCAGCGGCGGCGGCUGUGCUGUGAACUGAUCUCACGAGAGAGAACAAGAACCGGUUCCCUCUUCCGCCCGUGGCCGGUACAAAUACCCCGUGUCCCGGCGCAUCCCCUUCUCCAGCUAGCUCGGCUCUCGGCUAGUAUCCUUGCAAGGUGCCGCUAUAUAAAAGCGAGCAGCUCGGACCUACCCGCACCAAAAGGACCCAGGCCAGCCGAGCCUCGGGAGCUCGCUCGUUUGUGCGCAUCGCCCAGCUCUCGUUCGUCCUCCUUGCCGCCGCCAUAUGAGCUAGCGCGCGGGCGCCGGGAGGUGAGAGGGAUAUAUAGGCCAGGGAAGGAAGGAUCGGCGAGGUCCGCCGGAGGCAUGGCUAUGGAGACCAUCAAGUGCUGCAUCGCGUGCAUCCUGCCGUGCGGGGCGCUGGACGUGGUGCGGAUCGUGCACUCCAACGGCCGGGUGGAGGAGAUCAGCGGGGGGCCCGUGCUGGCCGGGGAGAUCAUGAAGGCAUACCCCAAGCACGUCCUCAGGAAGCCGCCGUCCACGUGCCCGGCCGACGGCGGCGGCGGCAUCGUCGUGCAGAAGCCCGUCAUCCUGCCGCCCAAUGCAGAGCUGCAGAAGGGCAAGAUCUACUUCCUCAUGCCGGUCAUGGCCGCCCCGGCAACAGACAAGGCUCCGGCGCCGGCGCCGGCUCCCGAGAAGAGCGCACCGCAAGGGGCGCCCGCCCCCCAUGCCCAUGCCUCGGCGGCGGCGGCGGCUAGGAGGCGGCGGAGGAGGAGGGACCACGCCACCGCGCGGGAGGGAGCGCCGGCCUGCAGCGCCGCGUCCGCAGCCCGACCGGCAGCGGCGGGCGGCGGCGCGGAGGGCGAGAAGGAGCGGCUGCUGGCCAACGAGAGGUACCUGUCGGAGAUCAUGAAGGAGAAGGCGUCCACGGCGAGGGACCGGCGGCGGGGGCGCGUCGCCGUGUGGCGGCCGCACCUGGAGAGCAUCACCGAGGAUGACUUGUAAUCAAGCAAGGUGUCUUGUUUCCCUUUUUUCCUCCAUUUCUUUUGGUUUUCAUUGCUACCGGAGCAGUAGUGGUAGUUCUCCUGGCUUUCUCUUUUGUUAAUUCCUCCUGCUUUGGCCGCCCUCUGGCCUUUAUUUUUUUGCCAUCUUUUCCCCGGCCCGCGCCUCCUUUAGAGCGCCACCAUCAUCGUCCUCAUCUCCCCUGUUCACCUCCUUUACAAAGGUGAAUCAUGUCUUUGUGAAGAAAAAGAUACAAUUUUUGCUAUGCUCCUCCUCCUCUUUA